GAUGGCGCUGGUCGAAAUUGUCCCUUCUCUCCAUGGUGAUGAAUGCAGCGAAGCUAGAGGUCAGAGUUGAAUGUUUGACAGAAAGCUGAAUAUGGAUUCUAUAUUUCAUGAGAAACAAGAGGGCUCUCUGUGCGCUCAGCACUGCCUCAACAAUCUCCUGCAGGGUGAGUACUUCACCCCUGUGGAUCUGUCCUCCAUCGCUCAUCAGCUUGAUGAAGAGGAGAGGAUGAGGAUGGCAGAGGGAGGUAUGGCCAGUGAGGAGUAUAGGACCUUCUUACAGCAACCAUCUGGUAACAUGGACGACAGUGGCUUCUUUUCAAUACAAGUUAUUAGCAAUGCCCUGAGAGUGUGGGGCUUGGAGCUAAUCCUCUUCAACAGCCGGGAGUACCAGAGCUUGAUGAUAAAUCCAAUAAAUGAGAAAGCCUUCAUUUGCAACUACAAGGAGCACUGGUUUACUAUACGCAAGCUUGGACAACAGUGGUUUAACCUGAAUUCAUUGUUGACUGGACCAGAGUUGAUAUCAGACACCUAUCUAGCCCUUUUCCUAGCACAGUUACAACAAGAAGGUUAUUCCAUAUUUGUGAUCCGAGGAAACCUCCCUGAGUGUGAAGCAGAGCAGAUUCUUCGGAUUAUGAGAGUUCAGCAGCAGCAGCGGCCCAGGCUCAUUGGAGAGGAUGAGGCUCAGACAAGUGCAGGCAGGUCAGCAGCGCUGGGCCAGACAGAGAUGAGCUUUGGUGUAGAGGAUGAGGUUGUAGAUGAAGAUGAAGAACUGAAGAGAGCCCUGGCACUCAGCAGACAGGAUAUAGAUGUGGAGGAUGAAGAGGCUGAUCUUCGCAGAGCCAUACAGCUCAGCAUGCAAGGAGCAGUGAUGAGCAACAAGUCUUCAGAGUCUGAAGUGGGAAAUGUGAAAUCAGGCAGCCAGGCAGGAGGGAGUGCUGCAGGAGGACAAAGAGAGGGCCAAAACGAGACACUCACAGCCGAAGAACUGAGGAAGAGGAGACAAGCCUAUUUUGAUCGGCAGCAGCAACAAGUUCAGUCGAAUAUUCCUCAACAACCAGGCACAAAAUCAACAAGUGGCUCAGGAUCGGUAAUCACUGGCUCUGAGGAGGACCAACAACAAAAGCCCAGCCAGUGAAGUUGUGAAAGGUUUUCCUAUGUUGUUUACCAGCUGCCUGGAUUGGCAACCCCAUACAGGGGUAGCUUUGCUUCUUCCUCUGACCUUUUGCACAUGCGAACAUAAGGACAGUCAGAGGGCUGACAUGUUUCCCCUGGUUAGUUCGCUGACAACAGUCAACAGAGAAGAGAACAAUGUCAAAGAAAAGGCAGCAGUUAGUCUAAUCUAACUCAGUGAGGCACUGAGGCUGGGAAAAGGGUGACCACAGAAGUCAUGAUGCAGUUAAUCCAAGUUUGCAAUUGCCUUUGUACCAUGGCGCCUUCUAUUUCUAUUGUAUACUGUUUUUUAUUCUUGUUUUUUUCUCCAGAAGAGAUGGAAAGGAAACUUCAGCAUACAAAGGGUGUGUUUACUUGUUUGGAGUGAGUACAUACAGAGAUGGAGACCAUUGGAGACCAAUGUUUAGACCACAGAUAAAAGCUUGAUAGAUAAUGACAGAGCCUCCUACCUUUGUAUUGGCCUCUGGUUUGUAGGACAUAGGAUGUGAUUGAUUCCAGUGCCCACCCCACAAGAGCACCAGUGUGGUUUUGAAAUUAUUUCAUUUUGCAAUGUAUUGAAUCAUCCUUUAGCCAGCAGCACUAACAUGAGGGUCUUAUAUUCCUGACAUCAUCUAUCAUUUUACUUGUGAACAUCUACGAGUGAACUCCUGAGGUAUUUAGACAACAACAUAUUUUUGAUGUUGUGGCUUUGUUAUUACCUUUAAGCUUAUAAGCAGGCAUAAUGAAAUUAAAGAUUACAAAGCUUACAGACAUAUUUUAAGGGUGUUUUUGUCCAGUUUGGAUGGACAGUGAACAAAAUAAUUCUAUAAUAAUUCUAUUUGCUGAAUCUAAGAUACUUUUGAGUGAUGGAUAUUUUUCAUAUCUUGUCCAUAAUAAUUUGACAUGUAAUGGGGAACAAAGACAAACUCUGUUAACAUUAUGAAUAGAUAGAUACAUUGUUCAUUUUCCAGUACAGUAUGAUCAUUUAAAACCAAAAAAAAGUUGUCCAACCAGCCUACCUAGUACGUGACUUCAUAUGUUGUUUCUCUUUGUCAGUAUUUGUUAUAACCUGUAUAGGGAAUUUAUUAUAAAGAAAAUAUUGUUAAAAAGAUAAUCCCUUUAGAAAGAGUUUACAGUUACAGCCUUGGAUAUACUUGUUUAAUUGCACUGAUUUGACUUUCCCUGUGUUCCAAUAAUACUUAGAGCAGUGUUGUACACAUUAGUUGUACAAAGAUACAUUCAUUUGCACUGAGGUUGCCAUGGGUCAAAGCUAUGGAAGCUACUGGCUGAUAGAUGACCUUUGAAAAUAACAGUAAUACAAUAAGAAUGAGGAGGGACUGUUAUUUAAUCUCAUUGUUUGCAUAAUAUAAAAUCCAAAGAAUCAAACAUCAAAAAUCUGUCACCAUGCGUACACUUUAAGAAAGCCCAUUGUAUGUUUUUGCAUCCGAUUCUGACCAUGACCUGUUUAAAAUCUCUUGCAUUUUCCACUACAAGCUUCCAUUCAGUCCUGAAAACCAAAAUCUGGUUACAAGGCACAAUGUUGACAAAUAAACCAUAUUACGGCAUUAAACGAUUACAUUUGUUUACAGUUGUAAUGUCUUCUGGAACUGUUCAGCAUGGAUAUAUCUCGAUGCCUCCACAAAAAUAUCGGAUGUCAUGUAAAGUUUGACUUUUUGUGCUGGGCAACUUCCACGAAGAUUCCAUGAGUUUGUUAUUGUUUUUGUUUCAUUUUUAUCUGUCAGGCUUUUUUUCUAUUUAAAAUGCACUUGUGAAAGAGUAUGAAAUAUUGGUAGUUGGGAUUUUUUUAUCAUUACAUUAUUUUCACUCACUGCAUUACAUUCAGUACUAAUAAUCAUUUUUGUUACAUUUCACAUUACCACAGCACAUUCUCUCUUUUAAUGUAAUAUGUCUCGUUCCAGGAUUAAAGUGACAUUCACUCCUCCUAAAGUUUA